CUUCCACACGCCAAAACUUGAGACGUUGUGAGAUUAUACUUAACCUCAAAAGACCGAUAUUUAUUAGGCACCGUUGCUCCAUGCCUCCGCGACUGUGGCCCUUCGUUUGCUGUGGCACUCAUUCAAUAGGAAGUCCUGGACAUGGACAUGCGGGAGAUGAGAACGACGCUGCUGGGUGCUGCGAAAAUGACGGGGCGCAACAAUUCACGAAGGGAGAGCGCCCUGCAAGCCAGCAGACGCAUGCCGUGGUGCCAAAGGAUACAGUGAAGGCUGCUGGAGAGGCAUGUCCUCUUAGCAACAGCUCAACGCAAGGACCUGUCGACCAGAAUGCUAAUGCCUCAGCGAGCGCAACCAAAGUCUUUCGCGUACCGGGCAGUUCCCUUCCAACAGCAUCUGUCAGGUAUAACCUGUCACCUACAGAAACGCGAUGUCGCACUGCCCCUAGCGUGCCCGAGACCGAGCGGCAAGCACCACGGGUAACAGGGACAUCUGGACGGCUGCUGCAGCUUGAGGAGCAUACGAGGACCUUCGAUGAGUCCCCGUUCCAGCUCGCUGUCAUCGGUCAGUCGACGGCGAACAACCAUUCUUCAGCCCACAGUGAGAAAAACGUUCACGACCACGCGCACAGCGCGCCUAAUUCCUGCGCGGCCGCGCUCGACAUCCAUCUCCUGCCGAUGCUCGCCUUGAACAACACACCUCCAUCCGCCGCAGCGCAAGCAACAACAGCAGGCAUGGCAGCCGCAGGAGCCAUAUCGCUCAUCACAUCUACCUUGGUCAGCCCAGCUCUCGCUGCCGUGGCUGCCAUGGACGCAUCAAGUCUGCAGACGAUCCCCAACUCGUUAUCCGAACCUUGGAAUCAAGCCAGUACCCCAGGCAGUGGAGCGCCAGGAAGUGGCCGUUCCCCCGCGGCCCAUGCUGCACCCGCUUCCCUCCACGCAACUACUGCAGCUGGGGGAAGCGGCAACGCCGGUGCCGCUGUGACCACAGCCCAGACCCCUACUGCUGCUGCUGCCUUCGCCGCCGCCGCCGCAGCAGCUAGAGCCAGAAGGUCUUCCACGGAUGCCUUUGUGGUAACAACAGCAGCAGGAGCCGGGGCUGCAGCAUCUGCUGCCGGGGUGUUUGCGGGCAGGCGGGCAAAUACAGGACUGUCAACCGCCGCAACCAACUCCAUUACCACAAACAACCCCAUGAUGACCGCUCGCAGCUUCUAUGAGGUGUACGAUAAGGAGCAGGGGCAGUCGCUGCAUGGGGAAGAUCUGGGUGGGGAAGAGGAGCGGGAGCAGGAGGCUGCGGCUGCUGCUGCAGUGAUGAUCAUGUCUGGCAGCGUCGCGGGCAAUCCCGUUGACCCUGUUUCCAUCUUUCCCAGCGCUGCCGUUGCGUUGGAUGGGCCUUACGAACAAGGGACCAUCGCCGGCCGCCGCAGUGUCAGUGGUGGCGACCCGCACACUUGCAAUGUGUCCGGCAAGACCACCACGACCCUCGUUCCCCUCCUUGGCGGUUUCGGAGGCUUCGGCAGCAACGCAAGCCGUGGAUUUGGUUUCGGAGCCCUGGGAACCAUGGCGCGACGUUGGCUUUGCUCUGAGACGGGUGGCAGUGGCGGCGCCGAUGGUGGUGGUGGGGGUGCCGCCGCUGACGGGCGUCGCCGCGGCCCUCCGCCGCCGUCGCGUCGUGUGACGGAGGCGGAGGCGGCGCCGACGUCAGGUGGCGGCGCCGCCAGCAGUUCAGCUGCCACUGCUGCCGCUGCGGCCAAUAGCUCCAUGGGCGGUGCUGGCGGCGGCAGCACUGAUGUGGGUCAUACCGGAAUUACGGACAAGAGCCGAGGCAGCGUAGAUCGAGGCAGCGCGCAUCGUGUCACUGGGUUCUCCGUCCCCUGUGCUGACAGGGGCAGCGCAGGUAGCAAGGUGAGCACGGACCGGAGCAGAGGCGAUAGGGGGAGUGCGGUGGACCGCGGCCGAGUGAAAAGCAAGCCUGAGGUGCUGAAGGCUGCUGGCGGCAGCAGUGGUGGUGGUGGUGAUCGAGGGCGGGUAGCUGCUGCUACGCAAACAACACCCUCCGUGGCGGGCGGCAGCGUCCGGGCAGCUGUUGUGGCGGCAGCUGCUGCAGCGGCGGCUGGGACAGGCGUGGGGGUAACAGCUCCAGGAAAGGUGCAGCAGCAGCAAUUGCAGCCGGCUGCCGCCGCUGCUGCUGCUACUGGUGGUGCUGCUGUAAUGGUUCAUGUGGCUCCAGUCGCUGCAGCCGCCACCGCCGCUGCUGCUGCUGCUGCUUAUGUCGUACUUCCAAAUCCCAGAGUUGACGCAGUGCGGGGCGUCGAAGGUAAUACGUACGGCAGCCUGCCAAAGAACGGCGAUGUUGCCGUUGGCGGCGGUACGGGUACAGCAAUGGGGCCCAAUCAGCUCCUUCACAACAACCAUCUUAACGACACCAACCGUCCAACCGCCGCCAUGGCAGCAGCAACCGUGGCCGUCGCGUCUCCACCGCCCCCGCAUUAUCCACAGCAGCCGCAACAGCAGCAGCCGCCGCCGCGAUAUCACUCCCAACCGCAACCCUACCAGGCACACGUUCAACAGCAACAGCAGCAGCAGCAGCACCCUUCACAGCACCACCCUAAUCAGCCGCCGCAGCAGCAACCUCAGCAGCAGGCUCAGCAGCAGCAGCAGCAGCACCUGUUUCAGCCCCUAGCUGUGGCGCUAACCCCAUCAUCGGCUGCGGCAGCUGCGGCAGCAGCAGCAGGACACAUGGAGGGCAAGAGGACCGUGCGGGAUGCCUCUCAGAUUUCGUUGCUGCACAUGCUUCACUUCGGCACGCCCUCGGGCCAUGUGCCGCUGCAGCACCUGGCCACCACCAAUGUGGCGUUGUUGAGUCGGGAGCUGCGGGCGCUGAGCUGGGUGGGGCAGGGGGGCGGAGGUGCGGUGUUCCAGGGCGUGUGGCAGGGAGCCCCCGUGGCGGUCAAGUUCAUGUUAGCAGCCUCCCCCGCGCACGUGGACGCAACCGCCCUGGAGGCCAUAGUUAGUCUGGCGGUGGGUCACCCCAAUGUGGUGACCACCUACAGCUUCGACGUGACUCGCCUCAUGGAGGUGUCCUUUGCCCCCGAGGAGGGGGCGGCGGGCGGG